GCCGUCCCCGCGGCCCUGUGCCUGCGCACGGCCCCGCCCGAGCGCGGCUCGGGGCUCGGCUGCUCUGGCCUGGGGGCGGGGCCGCGGCGUCAUGCAUAUGCAUGAGGCGGCUCCAUUGUGCCCUGGGAGCGGCGCGAUGGCGCGGGCGGCGGGGCCGGGGCGGCGGGCGGCGCGCAGGGCGGGCUGAGCGCAUGGAGCGGCGCGGGCCGGGGGCCGCGGCGGCGAGGGGCCGGGCCCGGCCGCGCGGAGCCAGAGCAGCUGAGUCCCACGUCAGCACCGGUGAGGGCUGCUUCCUGCCACCCACAGACCUGGCCUCCCGGCUGCUCCCAAGCCAAUGAACCCCAUGAACCCCAUGAAACCUGCCCUGCCCUCAGCGCCACACAGUGAUGGUCCCUUCGCUUACGAGGCGGUGCCUUGGCAGCAGAGCGCCCCCCAGCCUGCAGGAUCGCUGUCCGUGGUCACGACCGUGUGGGGAGUGGGCAACGCGGCCCAGAGCCAGGUUCUGGGGAGCCCCAUGGGCCCGGCUGGGAGCCCGCCUGGCAGCUCCAUGACGCCGGGCGUGGCCGGCGGCAGCCCCGCCCUGAGCUCCCCGCAGUGCCUGGGACAGCAGGCGUUCGGGGAGGGCGGGGCCAGCAAGGGCUACGUACAGCAGGCGGUGUACGGCCGCGGCGGCUACCCUGGGGGCCCUGGCUUCUCCACCGGGUACACAGGGGGGCCUGGGGGCCUGGGCCUCCCCUCCCAUGCCACACGGCCCUCCACAGACUUCACUCAAGCAGCAGCAGCUGCCGCCAUGGCUGCUGCUGCCGCCACGGCCACGGCCACGGCCACGGCCACCGUGGCCGCCCUUCAGGAGAAGCAGAGCCAGGAGCUGAGCCAGUACGGAGCGAUGGGGGCCGGGCAGGCCUUCGGCCCCCAGUUCCUGCAGCACGGAGGGCCCCGGGGGCCCGGCGCGCCCCCCGGCCUGAGCCCCAUGGGCAUGACCCCCACCCGGGCGGUGGGCAUGGCCCCUCUGUAUGCCGGGCAGCGCCCGCCCCAGCACGGGCACCCCGGGGCUCUGCAGGCCCAGCCGCUGCCCCGACAAGGAGUCAAGAGAGCCUACGCCAGCGAGGUGUACUCAGCGCAGCAGUACCUGGCAGGAGGCCAGUACUCACCCAGCACUACCCAGUAUGCCCCCGGGCAGCCCCCUGCCCCCUCUUCCUACCCUGGACACAGGCUGCCCUUGCCCACCGCCGGCCCCCCGGGCCUGCACUACAAGCCCACAGAUCCGUUCAACGGGCAGAGUGCCGGCUUCAGCGCAGGGAGCAUCGGCUACGGCCCGCCGGGCCUGAGUGGGCCCGCCCGUUCCGUCCCUGGCUACCCCAGCUCCCCACUGCCAGGGAGCCCCACGCCGCCCAUGACCCCCGGCGGCUGCGUCCCCUACAUGGCCACCAGCCAGGACGUGAAGUCCCCCUUCCUGCCUGACCUCAAGCCCAGCGUGAGCUCCCUGCACCCAUCACCGCCCGGCAGCGGCCCCGGCGACGAGCUGCGGCUGACCUUCCCGGUGCGCGACGGCGUGGUGCUGGAGCCCUUCCGCCUGCAGCACAACCUGGCCGUGAGCAACCACGCCUUCCAGCUCCGCGACUCCGUCUACAAGACCCUGAUGCUGAGGCCUGACCUGGAGCUGCAGUUCAAGUGCUACCACCACGAGGACCGGCAGAUGAACACCAACUGGCCGGCCUCGGUGCAGGCCAGCGUCAAUGCCACGCCGCUGUCCAUCGAGCGCGGCGACAACAAGACCUCCCACAAGCCCCUGUACCUGAAGCACGUGUGCCAGCCCGGCCGCAACACCAUCCAGAUCACCGUCACAGCCUGCUGCUGCUCCCACCUGUUCGUGCUGCAGCUGGUGCACCGGCCGGCCGUCCGCUCGGUGCUGCAGGGCCUCCUCAAGAAGCGGCUGCUGCCGGCCGAGCACUGCAUCACCAAGAUAAAGCGGAACUUCAGCAGCGGCACCAUCCCCGGCACCCCCGGGCCCCACGGAGAGGACGGGGUGGAGCAGACGGCCAUCAAGGUGUCCCUCAAGUGCCCCAUCACCUUCCGCAGGAUCCAGCUCCCCGCCCGCGGCCACGACUGUCGCCACAUCCAGUGCUUCGACCUGGAGUCCUACCUGCAGCUCAACUGUGAGCGGGGGACCUGGCGGUGCCCUGUGUGCAACAAGACGGCCCUGCUGGAGGGCCUGGAGGUGGACCAGUACAUGCUGGGCGUCCUCAUCUACAUCCAGAACUCCGACUACGAGGAGAUCACCAUCGACCCCACGUGCAGCUGGAAGCCGGUGCCCGUGAAGCCAGACGUGCACGUCAAGGAGGAGCCGGACGGGCCGGCCCUGAAGCGCUGCCGCACCGUGAGCCCCGCCCGCGCGCUGCUGCCCAGCGUGAUGGAGAUGAUCGCCGCCCUGGGCCCCGGGGCCGCCCCCCUCGGCCCCCUGCCGCCCCCCUCCGCCCUGGCGCCCGGCGACUACCCCAGCCAGGGCUCCAGCUUCCUGGGACCCGGGACCUUCCCCGACUCCUUCCCGUCCACCACACCCAGCACGCCAACCCUUCCCGAGUUCACGCCAGGGCCGCCCCCCGGCUCCUACCAGUCUGACGUUCCCAGCAGCCUCCUGACUCCGGAGAAGUCCACGCCCAGCCUCCCGGGCCAGAUGGCACCUGCAGCUCACCUGGAUCCCGCUCACAACCCUGGGCCGGCCGCUCUGCACACCCCCAACCUCGGAGGCCCCCCAGGCCCCCAGCUGCACCACCCCAACCCUCCCCCCGCGGCCCGGCAGCCCCUGGGCCCCGUGAGCGGGGCCCCCGCCGGCGAGCUGGCCUUCCACUCUGCCAGCGGCGUCAUGGCGCCCCCCAUGUCUGGGGCGGGGGAGGCCCCGGAACCAUCAGCCCUGGACCUGCUCCCAGAACUGACCAACCCCGACGAGCUGCUGUCCUACCUGGGCCCUCCCGACCUGCCCACCAACAGCAACGAGGACCUGCUCUCCCUGUUCGAGAACAACUGACCCUCCAACGCCUGCCCUCCCGAGGCGGACCGCUGUGGAUGGCGCCUCUGCCUCCCGCCAGCCACACCAGCCCUCCCGCCUCCUCCCGGCUCCCCUGCAGUUUCAAACCGGAGCUGCAGGUUUGGGGGGCCGCCCCUCCCGCCCGCCCGGCUCCACGCCCCUCCGGCCGCUCUGCAUACACGUCCCGCCCACCACGCCGACCUGCCUCCCGGAUCUGACCCGCAGACUCCACCCGUGCCCCCCACCUGGCGCGGGGCCUGAGCACUGGAGAGGGGCCGUGGGCGCAGCCUGGGCCCGGGCCCCCCUGCCCGGUGCAGACGGUCCCCCGUGCUUCCCCGGCGGCGGCCUCAUCUUCAUCUUCCAGUCCCCUCGCCCCACGAACACGCAGCUCCACGGUUUUACAGCCCCUCCCCAGGCAGCGCCGGGUGCCCCAUUAAAGGAUUCCCACGUG